UGCUACCAUGGCUCUCAGUGCUACCAUGGCUCUCAGCGCUACCAUGGCUCUCAGCGCUACCAUGGCUCUCAGUCCUGCCAUGGCUCUCAGUGCUACUAUGGCUCUCAGUGCUACCAUGGCUCUCAGUGCUACCAUGGCUCUCGGUGCUACCAUGGCUCUCAGUGCUACCAUGGCUCUCAGUGCUACCAUGGCUCUCAGUGCUACCAUGGCUCUCAGUGCUACCAUGGCUCUCAGUGCUACCAUGGCUCUCAGUGCUGCCAUGGCUCUCAGUGCUGCCAUGGCUCUCAGUGCUCCUAUGGCUCUCAGCGCUACCAUGGCUCUCAGCGCUACCAUGGCUCUCAGUGCUACCAUGGCUCUCAGUGCUACCAUGGCUCUCAGGGCUACCAUGGUUCUCAGUGCUACCAUGGUUCUCAGUGCUACCAUGGCUCUCAGUGCUACCAUGGCUCUCAGGGCUACCAUGGCUCUCAGCCCUGCCAUGGCUCUCAGUGCUACUAUGGCUCUCACUGCUACUAUGGCUCUCAGUGCUACCAUGGCUCUCAGUGCUACCAUGGCUCUCAGCGUGAUUCAAAAAGCAUCGGAACCUUGGGGAACAAACAAAUAUAUUUCACAUAUUCUUUAGCCUAG